GUUUUUUUGGGGUUGGGGUUGUUGUUCACUCCUCUGCUUCCUGCUGUACAGAUCAUCAAACUACUGCUUCUCUUCUACAUGAAGAAGGUACAUAAACCUCUGUUUUGAUCACUGUGCCAUGAUGAUCCUGGUAACUGGACUAUGGAGAAUACUUACUAUGGAACUACAACUGAAUGUCAACUGACCUUGAACCUUGUCUUGACUCUGUACCUUGAUCAAACGGUUCUCUGACAGUAUUCUCCCCCCCACCAGACUAGUGUAAUGAUGAACUGCCAGUCCCCUAGGAAGCCCUAUAGAGCCAGUCAGAUGACCACCAUCUUCAUCACACUCCUCUGCUUCCCUUCAUUCCUGGGGGCUGCCGUGUGUGUUACCUACACUAUGUGGAGGUAGGGAGAUGGACUGGUGUCAGUAACACACUCUGAUGUCAGUAACACACUCUGAUGUCAGUAACACACUCUGAUGUCAGUAACACACUCACUGAACAUAUUGAACACACAUUAGCAAAUUCAAACACACAUAUACCUGCAAUAUACAGUAUUCACAUUGAUAUACUAUAAUAUCUAUAUACCUUCCUCCAGUAUCCGUCCGUCUGAGUCAUGCGGUCCGUUCCGUAGCCUGUCCACUAUGUUCGAGUCAGGGAAGCUGUGGGUGAAGGAGUUGGGGAGACACAACCCUAACCUGGCCUGGCUAGCCUGGGCUCACAGCUACAUCGUGGAGAACCCUCUGUUUCUGUUCCUGGCUGCUGGGAUCUUCCUGUGA